AUGGAUGCACAGUACCCUUUUGCUUCCCGCGACGAUAUCUGGCGCAUCUUCGAAGAGUUGAAGGAGCUUCACGCCUCUCAGUUCGAACAGGCGGAGCGGAUUGCGCGACUUGAGCGACGGAGGGACGAGGAUGCCCGGUUGAGAAGUGUCUGGGGUCCGUUGUCGCCGUUUCCUACCUCGGUCGGAGGUCCCAUGCCUACAGAGCCGGUUUUCCAUUCUCCAGCCGACGCUUUCAAGGGCUUUGAUCAAGGACAGCAUCACGGUGUGGUCGGCACCAUGGGUCUCGAGGCUGAGGAUGAGCCGCGACGGGGGACUUCGAGAGCGAACAGCGUUCGGUUUGAUGAAAGCGCCAUCCAUGGGUACUACGGACAGGCGAGCCGUUCUAGCACGGAUCUUCCCUUGAGGACUGGCAGUGGCAUGGGAAGCCAUCCGCUAACCGAGCGGUCUCUGUCCCAUCGGUCCGAUGGUCGACAAAGCUCGUCGGGAUAUUCCCAUCAUUCGGCACGCACGAAUAGUCUUGGUUUAGACACAGCCAGCAAGAUGAUGGGCUCUUCGGCCGCGGGAUCGCCGCUGAUUCCGCCUCCCGGACUGUUCCUCCUGGGCCCGGUGCCCUGCAUCAUCCGGUGUUGGUUGACGACAAACUUCUCCAACGACUCACUUCUGUACGCGGCUGUCUGCUCGGGCUCGUAUACGUCGUUCCUGGGCUAUCCGAUGAUCCGGAAAUACGGCUUGGAAGAUUUGGUGACGGAAGCGGACGACGUGCAGUUCAUCAAGCUGCCGAUGUAUCUGCCCGAGGCGAGCGUUCACCAAUCGUCCUCGCGGUCAAGCAGCCCCGUGCCUCAGCUCCCUGCGCUGACGAUUCGGUUCCUCAUCCGUGACGUCGAUCCCACCGACCCGUCAAUCCAGAUCGUCAUCGGCAGCGAUGUGCUCCGCUCCCACAACGCGGACAUCCUGUUCUCUCAGGACAAGAUGAUCAUGGUCGAUGACGAGAGGAACAAAAUCUCCGUCCCGCUGGUUCGUCCGGAGGACGACGCUGUUUUCAAGUUCCUGCGCACCGCACCCGACAUUCCGCGGACCGAACGAACAGAACAGACCAAGCAAGCAGCUGACCUGCCAGUCGCUAAUGGACAUGCGUCAGUCGGGGUGAUCGGACAGCCCAACCACACCAUGCGCCCGUCGCGAUCAGUCUCCGGCUCGGCGAGAGGCUCCCUGGAGGAACCCGAAGAGAGUCGAAAGACGUCUUUGGACAUUCAGGACCCAUCAAAGAACGUUGACCCUGCGCCCAAGUCGACCCCGCCGUCAGAACCGCAGCCCGCUGUGCCUCCGUCCAAGGCGGAGCUUCCAGGAGUCUGGGGCUCGUGGAAACGCGACGCCAGGUCGGACACCAGUGCCUCUGCCGGGAAGUCUUCCCGAGGGCGGCCCAUGAAGGUUCUGCGGCCGAGCAAAUCCUCGUCGCGGACGCCGACAACCGCAACGUUCUCCGGCACCUCCAGUGCGGAACCCACCGGGCCGACUUCUGCGUCGCAGUCUGCGUCGUCUCGGGCUUCGCCGGACGAGACGCGGACGGGCCAACCGUGGGCUUCGAAUCCCAUCGGGGGCGCCUCCGCUUUCGGAUGGCUCAACUCGUCACAGUCGCCGGCCGCCAGUCGGCCCCCGACGACCCCUAAAUGA